AAAAUAAAGCUAGAGAUAUUUAGAAAGAUCGAUAACACUUCUAAACUUGAUACUAUCCAAAUUCGAGAGAUUAGUACUAUAGUACGGGAAGACUUUCCAAGCUCUAUAUAUACAAGAACCGAUUCAUAUAACCCACGCGCACGUAUUCGCCACCGCAAUCUCAAUAACAAUACUCCAACUAAUACUUUAAUCAAGUCUUUUAACAAUAAUAAUAUUAAAUAUAUCAAAAAAAUAGAUCUAGAAGAUAACGAACGACUAUUGGGACUUAUCUUUACCUUCCCAACUUAUAUAAAUAUAGCCAGAAUAUUCCCCGAAGUUAUAAUUAUUAAUAAUAUGUACAAUACUAACCACUUUUAUUACCCCUUUUACUAA